AAGAGGAGGAGGAGGAGACGGAAGAUCUGAUUAACAACAGAGACAGACCAGACUUUGAGGAUUUAGAGCCAGAGACGUCCAAAGCAGCAAGACGACACCACUGCUCCCAGUGUGGAAAAGUAUUUUCUCGUUUAGCUUCCCUGAAAAGACACAAAAGAAUACAUACAGGAGAGAAGCCUUAUCACUGCUCCCAAUGUGGAAAGAGUUUUACCCAGUUGGGAACCCUGAACAUACAUAAGAGAACGCACUCUACAGAGAAGCCUUACCAUUGCACCAAGUGUGGAGAGGGCUUUUCCCAUUUAAGGUUCCUGAAAAUACACGGGAAAAUACAUACAGGAGAGAAGCCUUACCACUGCUCCUGCUGUGAAAAGGGUUUUACCAAGUUAUGGAUUCUUAAAGAGCAUGAGAGGUCACACACAGGAGAAAAGCCUUUCCAAUGCUCCCAGUGUGGAAAGAGAUUUACCCAUUCACGGAACCUCAAAGGGCAUCAGAGAAUACACACAGGAGAGGAGAGGACCUACUACUACUGCGCUCAGUGUGGAAAGCGUUUUGGUUGGUUAAAGGACCUGAAAAGGCAUGAGAGAACGCACACUGGAGAGACCCCUUACCAAUGCUCCCUGUGUGUAAAGGCUUUUUCUCGUUUAGCGUCCCUGAAGAUACAUAAAAGAAUACAUACAGGAGAGAAGCCUUACCACUGCUCCCAAUGUGGAAGGAGUUUUAGCCAGUUAGGAAGCCUGAACAUACAUAAGAGAAUACACUCUGGAGAGAAGCCUUACCGUUGCGCCGAGUGUGGAGACUGUUUUUCUCAUUUAGGUUCCCUGACAAUACAUGAAAGAAUACAUACAGGAGAGAAGCCUUACCACUGCUCCUACUGUGAAAGGUGUUUUACCAGGUUAGGGCACCUAAAAGAGCAUGAGAGGACACACACAGGAGAAAAGCCUUUCCAAUGUUCCCAGUGUGGAAAGAGUUUUACCCAUUCACAGACCCUCAAAGGGCACGAGAGAAUACACACAAGACAGGAGAGGACCUACUACUGCGCCCAGUGUGGAAAGAGUUUUAGUUGUUCAAAGUACCUGAAAAGGCAUGAGAGAACACACACUGGAGAGACCCCUUACCACUGCUCUCAGUGUGGAAAGAGUUUUACCCAGUUAGGGAGUCUUGACAAACAUAAGAGAACCCACUCUGGAGAGAAGCCUUAGCGGGAUACAAUAUAUACUGGAUACAGGGGUAUUUGGAAAUAGCCACCACGGGAUGGUUUUUCAAUACC